AUCGCUGUUCUGCCACGAUGAGCAAGCCGGCUGUGAAGAAGCCCAAGAAUCCUGAACUGCCGACGAGGUACUUGUACGUGGCCAAUUGCACCGUGGGAGGCACCUAUGGAGUUGGCGAACAAGCCAUCUUGUCCGCCUUUGGUGCAUUCGGCUCGGUUACGGAUGUCUAUUCACAAGACGACAAGGGCUACAUCUUGGUGACCUUCGAGGAGGUGGCCGCAGCGGCUCGUGCGCGGGAAGCUAUGUCUGGCCGCGACGACUUGAGCGGCCGCAAACUGUUUGUACAGUUUUCCGACGAAGCGCCGCCCCCUUCUUCGUUGUCGACGUCCUUGUCGUGUACUUCCACGACAGCCCAGGUGGUGAUUCCUGGGCUCUCGAUCAUCGAAGGCUUUGUGUCGCCUGCAGAAGAAGCCGCUCUCAUCCACGCCGUCGAUGCCCAGCCGUUCGAAGAGUCCAUUCAGCGACGGGUUCAGCAUUAUGGCUUUGCGUUCCGCUACGACACUCGCGACGUGGAUAUCAAGUCGCCGUUGGGACCCAUGCCUGGCUUUUGCACGUCGGUGGUAACGACGUUGGCGGCCGUGCGACCUGACAUCGCCCCGCCCAACCAAAUCACAGUCAACGAGUACGUGGCAGGCCAAGGCAUCGCGCCGCAUGUGGACACGCCAGGGGUGUUCACCGAGUACAUUGCGUCGCUGUCUCUGGGCUGCGACAUCGUCAUGGACUUUCGUCUGGUGUCCAACCCACAGAUCGUCAAGCAUGUGCAUCUGAAGCGCGGGUCCAUGUGUCUGAUGGUCGGGGAGGCGCGGUACCUCUGGAAGCACGGCAUUGCGUACCGAAAGCAUGAUCUCGUGCAAGGGAUAGUGCUCGAGCGCGGUCGGAGGCUGUCGCUGACCCUUCGCAGGGUUGUGCUGGGCGGCUGCGACGACGUUCAGACCGUUGAGAGCGUGCAGAAGCCGAGCGCGGUGGAGCUGGAGCACGUGCAUGGAGUGUACGAUAGCAUCGCUUCCCACUUCAGCCACACGCGGCACCAUCCGUGGCCGCUCGUGGCGACGUUCUUGGGGGCUUUGGCUCCGGGGUCGUUGGUCGCCGACGUUGGUUGCGGCAAUGGCAAGUACUUGGGGGUGAACAACCAGCUCAUGAUGAUCGGCUCGGACCGAAGCAUUCCUCUGCUUACAGUUUGCGCCAAGCGGUAGGUGAAGUCCCUCGACCGAAUGCUCGUGGGUUGAUGAUGCUUGGUCGUAUAUGUUGCAGAGCGCAUGAAGUGUUUGGGUGCGACGGACUGGCGGUUCCGCUGCGCACUGGUGCGUUCGAUGCAGCCAUUUGCAUCGCAGUGCUGCACCAUAUGUCGACGAUUGAGCAUCGAUUGCAAAUCUUGCGGGAAUUGGCACGGAUAGUGCAUGUAGGUGGCCAAAUCUACUUGGUAGCAUGGGCGUUCGAGCAAGACGAGCUGUCCAAGCGCAAGUUCGAGUCCCAAGACGUCAUGGUCGAGUGGAAGCUGCAGCAAAAGUACAUUGACGUCAACGAACCCGUCCCUGCACACGUGCAAAUGGACAACGAUCGCAAGUGGGCCGUGUACCAGCGGUACUGCCACGUGUACAAAGACUUGGAGCUGGAGAUGCUUGUGCGGCAAGUACCUGGACUGGUCGUGGCCAAAGUAGAAAUGAUGCGCUCCAACUGGUGCUUAACCAUUCAACGAGUCUGACUAUGACAUUCACA